AUGAUUACAAAAACAGUAUAUGACUAUUUAGUUAUUGGUGGAGGCUCUGGUGGUCUUGCCUCUGCUAGACGUGCCAGUGGCAUUCACGGCGCAAAGGUUGCCCUGAUAGAAGCACAACAUAGAUUAGGAGGUACCUGUGUCAAUGUUGGCUGUGUGCCCAAGAAAGUCAUGUGGAAUGCUGCUUCUAUUGCUGAAGCACUCCGUGAUGCAAAGCAAUAUGGCUUUGGUAGUCACGAAGCCAAAUUUGACUGGAAGUUCUUUAAAGAAAAGCGAGAUGUCUAUGUGAAGCGAUUGAAUGGAAUCUAUGAAAGAAACUUGGGUAAUGAUAAAGUAGAGCACUUUCAAGGUUUUGCCAGUUUCAUAGACAAGAAUACGGUGCGUGUUCAAAGAUCAGAGACAGAAUCAUUUGUACUUCAAGCCAAAAACAUUUUGAUUGCCACAGGUGGACAUCCCCUUAUUCCCAAUAUUCCUGGUGCACACUAUGGUAUUGACUCUGAUGGAUUCUUUGAUCUUGAGGAACAACCUAAACGUGUGGCUGUCAUUGGUACUGGAUACAUUGGUAUUGAAUUAGCAGGCAUUUUCAAUGCUUUGGGCACCCAGACCACAGUCUUUUCUCGUACCAAGCAUAUCCUUCGUAGCUUCGAUAGUAUCAUUCGUGAAACUCUUUUGAAGGAAAUGCAAAAUGUAGGUGUCGAUUUCGCUUUCGAGUCCAGCGUGAAGGCUUUGGUGCGUGAGGGUGAUGCUAUCCGCGUAGAAUAUGAAGUGAAUGGUGAGUCCAAGAGCAUAGAAGUAGAUACUGUUCUUUGGGCUGUUGGACGUGUACCUAAUAUCAAGAAAUUGAAUUUGGAAGCUGUUGAUGUCAAGUUGACUGAAAAGGGACAUAUCGCUGUUGAUGAAUAUCAAAAUACAUCUACGCCUGGCAUCUAUGCCUUGGGUGAUGCUUGUGGUAGAGCCGAAUUGACACCAGUUGCUAUUGCUGCUGGUCGUAAAUUAUCAGACCGCUUGUUUGGAGGUGAACAAUUCAAGGAAUCCAAAUUAGAUUAUGAAAACAUUCCUACCGUUGUCUUUUCUCAUCCCACAGCAGGCACAGUAGGUCUUACUGAAGAGCAAGCUCGUGAACGUUACGGUGACGAAAACGUCAAGGUAUACACCUCCAAAUUUAUCAACAUGUACUUUUCUAUGCUUGAGCAUAAGGAACCUACAGCUUAUAAACUUGUUGUGACGGGACCUGAGGAAAAGGUUGUAGGUGUUCACAUCUUGGGUAGAGGAAGUGAUGAAAUUCUUCAAGGUUUUGGUGUUGCCGUCCGUAUGGGAGCUACCAAGGCAAACUUUGAUGCCUGUGUUGCCAUUCAUCCCACAGCUGCUGAAGAAUUGGUUACUAUGCGAUAA